AUGGGGCCGCACUCGCUGUAUGUGCCGUACGACCGCGUGUGGGUGAAGAUGGAGGGCUACGACUGGUGGCCGGCGCGCAUCGUCAGCGACGCCGACCUCCAUGCCAGCGGCCAAAGUCGCCCCGACGGCUGUGACAUCACAGUAUGCUUCUACGAGGGUACCACAACACCGGCGAGCAUCGAGCACUUCAGCAGUGCCACCGCCAACAUCACCUUCUUCGAGACGUCUUCGGAGAAGGCCGUCACCGCCGAUGACGAUCGUCUCGCCGCCAUCCACCGCGCCGAGGUGGACGAGACGGCGAACCCCCUCAAGUACGAGUUCGCGCCCUCGGAGCGCGGCGGCAAAGGCGGCGACGGCACGGCAGCACCGGCACCAACACCCGCC